AUGUCUGACAAUGACAAAUCUCUAGAAGAUUUCUUCGCGAAAAAGGCGAAAGGGAAGAAGGGGAAAGGGAAGAGCAAAUUCACCACUAGCGAUGCGAUCACGAAACAAGUUGGAAGCUUUCAAAAGGAGACGGACAGCCGAUCUAAGGAUCAAACUGGUAAAAAGUCCUCAGGAGUAGCACCAACACCGUCCAAUCUAGUAAGAAUAUCUUUUAUUUUAAUAUCUAGUCGAAAGAACUGUCUACGAAACCGGCUAUUUCACAAUGUGGGAUGGAGUCACGUGUAGAUUAUUUCGCAAUUAAAAUAAAACGUUUUGCCCUAUUUUCCGUUCCAGUUAACUAUUUUUUGCCAUUCUAGGCACAAAUUCAAAAAUUUCUUGGCUUUUGUGGCUUCGUGUACAAAUUAUGCUGCCAUGUUCCCAGUUUCAACAGGGAAUAUGGUUGUACAUAAUUUAUUCAUAUAUUCUUGAAAGAAAUUUGAUUUAAAAUUCAUUUUGUUUUUAUAAUUAGUGAAACUUGAUCACUGCAUCGCCCAGAAUACUAUUGUCUUUUGUGACAUGUUCUUACAGUGCACAGUUUCUCAAUGUGCGGCAUAAUAAUUGAAUAAAUAAGCUUUCGGAAAGCCAGCUAAAGACCAACCACUCUCGUAAGAGAAUCAGUAGCUGUUAAUCACUGUACCGGUUUAAUGCAUAAAGUGUAUUAGAUCUGACUGCGUGCAACAGCCAGACAAACAUUUGUCAAAUGGCAAAAGAAAUGAGCGGAACACUUACCUCUAUUUCAUCGUUGCGUUUCAUUUUCGGUCAGAGCAGCUCAUAUUAUAAAAGAGGUGCUCUUUUACUCGAUUGGUUUCCAUUGUGUUGGUCACGGAGUUAAAAAUCAUAGAGUUUUUCUAUUUGUAAGAUGAAGGAGGUGAAGUAAAUGCAAGACAGAAUAUUAUUCUCUCUUGGUAUAUGACAUUUGAGUUUAACAUCAACGAGUCGCUUAACAUUUAAAAAGCUAGAGCCUUUUCUUAAUGCUUGAGGGAACAUUGUGUGAGAUAAUUAUUCAAAUUUUGAUCCAUUUCAAUUCAUUAAUAUGCAGGCGGGAGUUUCAAACCAAGUCGUGUGUGUCCUCGAGAUUUACGAACGUAAGCGAGCAGGACUACUUUUAGAAAUUGACGAAAAGCCAGAACUUCCCAACAACAUAAUCGUACCAAACUUUUAGAGAGUCUUCCUUAAUGGUCAAACUAACAUGGCCAUAUGCUGACGCUUGAAUAAAGUGACUUGCUGAACAGAUAUUUAGCCUCAAACGUGACCUCCCAUACAAAAUAGUGACUAAAGUAGCCGAUUUUCAAAGCGAAAAAGCCAGAACUUCUACGAGGUCUACAGAGUCACCAGCAGUCUUGUAUUUUUUAUUAACGUCUCUUCUACAAAAUCCAUAUGCUGACACUAAUAAUUUUUAUAUAGUUAAGGCGAAAAAGUGUAAAACGUGAGCCACUCUGAACAGUUUUGGCUGUUUUUUCUUUGUUUUGGCCUCGGUUUGCUGAUCAUCGUUUCAUAUUUGGUGCUUGGAGUGCGCUUUAAGUUCCCGGAUAUGUCGCAUGAUUCUGGGCGAUGGAUUGAAAGCCUUACGAGCAGUCGACUAAGUAAGCCUUAUAAUGCAGCAAAAUAUAUACAUGUAUUUUGUAGUCUGCAAGGUUUACUUACACAUUGUGCAUUUUAUUGCGGUCUUUGUUACAGUAAAGGGCUGUCAAACUACCACAAUAAUUCACCCUUGGGAAACUACAAAAAAGUGUCCAUAACCGGCGCUAUUUGAUUGUAGGCAUGGCCCUUCUGACUUCCCAUAAGCAAUGGAAGAGAUACAGUAUGUGGUCCAAAAACAAAACUAAGACUAGCAUGAUAAAAACUGUGUAACUGAGAAUACGGACAUGGAAUUUAAGACCCUCCCAUGUGGUCAUUGAUAAAAGACUUUCAAUAUCUUUAUCACUGUUUGAUUAACCAUCAUUAAUCAAUUACUUCUCUUCACUAAGUAGAGUGUUUGCUGAGAGAGCUUUGAAUGAGGGCACUUUCCAAAAGUCAGAACUGGCCGGCCAGACCAUUACCAGACCAGUCAUUUUGACAAUGAAAUAGGCUUUUUCCAAGAGUUUUUGCUGAAUAACUGUCUCCUUCGUGUAUAUUAUUUUAGGAUUUGACUGAUCUGGCUGGAUAGUUUUGAUUAAAAGUGAAAUUCUCAUUGAGGGCUGGUCAGUUCUGACAACUGGAAAGCACUGUGAGAGUACUUGUAAAACUAAAGAAACCAGACAUAUACAGGGUCUUUUUAAGUUUUAAAGUACACAGCUAGGAUGUAAAUGAAGGUGGCCUGGCAGUCAUUGAAGUACUGUAGGCAAUUUGAGGCUUUCACUCCCUUAUUUUACCCAUUUUCCCCCAAAAGUGGAGGGCUUAAACCCCAAAGCAGCUGGUUUUUUAGCCAGUUGCUGGCAUUUUAUGAGUAGUUUCUUGGUCAAGCAUUCCUCCUUCUCAAUGCAUAAAUUACAUCUUGUACCUGUGUAAAAAUAUAUAAAAAAAUUCUGUUGCCUGAUGAUUGCUUUGUGAGAAGCAUGAAACUCAGACUUGCAAAUAAAUGUGUUUGAAUUAGUCCAAGUCCAGAAAUCUAUAUUAUGAAAAAACUGUAUAAUUAUAUAGGAGGGAUAGCACAAUUACGCGUAACCCGGUAGUUUUCAGUAUGACCCACAACUAAGGACAGAAAAUAAGUAUUGAAAUAAAAAUAAAAAGGUUAAGAAUCCCAACUGGCCAGAUACAAAACAGUUGGCAGCCUAUUUACAAGGGUGGAUAAGGAGUUGAAAUUUGUUCUGCUGAGAACAAAUCCAGCUAGUGGUUAGUUUGAACUUGAGGCCAACACUCUGACUGCUCAGUGAUGCUGCUCCUCCAAGUGUAUUAAUUCAGUGCUCUUAUGACUCAUUGUACUGUUUUUCAGGAUGAAGAGGAAUGGAUUGAUUUUCAGGAGCCAACAGAAAAGGAUUACUCUGGUCUAAGAAUACAGUCGCUUCAGAUCUCGUAAGUUACAUGUACAUUGUAUAACAUUAAUUGACCACUACAGAAAAUUAUUACCAUAACAUAUCAUAAUGAUCUUUGUUUGCCACCCCAAAAUUUUGCGUAGCAUUGUUUUCAGUUUCUCAUGGGGCCAUUUUAACUCCCAAGAGAAACUGAAGACAAUGCUUAUGCAAAAAUUUGGGGUGACAGACAAAGAGCAUUACGGUAUGUUAUGGUAUUUUCUGUAGUGGUCAAUUACUGUUUUUGAACAAUGAUAUAAUUCCACAUAAAGGAAAAAAGUUAAUUCUAGAUUCUAGUUGCAACAUUACAAGAGAGUUGGAUCAGGAGUCAAUAACAUCACUUUCAGUUUUGAUCCGGCUCCCUUGCCCAGUGUCUCUCAGCUGGCAGACGGCUAAACCAAGAAAGUACAAGCAAAAAUUACACUAGCUAGACCCCCAAAAUUAAACAUGUUUCACAGAGGCCGUUGGAAAUGUAAAGAGAAAAGAAGCAUUUUUUUUUAAUUAUCAUGGUAGAACUCUAUGGUGGUCUCAUAAAAAAUUUUGUCUCUUUUUUGUAUUUCUUUUAAAGUGAGAACACUGAAGGUGAAAAUCCUGAAGGAAAUGAUCAAGAAGAAGAGGAUGAUGAAGGUACUAUACUCUUGCUUUUGCAUCCUCAGAACAAUUAUCCUUCAACUUAAACAGUUCUGACUGUAAACUUAGCAAUGUUGUUUUCAGCUCUACAAUAAUUAUGUCAAGCUGUGGUGCUUUAUGGCUUUAAGCCAUUCGCCCCUGAGCUGCCAGCAACCGCCCUUGUGGAUCCAUCAUUUCAAACCAUGUGAGAAUGAGCACAAUUCAGUUAACAACACCAGAGAAAAAGACAAAACACCAUGUAACAUGGACAUGAAAAUUUCCACGAAAAUCUUGUUCCACUGUACCCACAUAACUUUCCUUUCAUCUAAUCCUACAUGUUGUGUUGUAAGAUCCUAAAAGCUUUCCAAAAGAUUUUUCCUACCAAAAUGAAGCCUACUUAAUGCCCAGCAAAAGAAAACAAAAUGAGGCAAGACAAACGAAAGAAGAAGGAAGGGCAGAAAGCGAAAAAUAGAGGUCAAGACUGCUGUGCCAAUUUUAAACCCAAAAACCACCUCAAAAUUUUGAUUUCUGCACAUGCCCAAACUUUGCAAGGUAAUAUUUUUGCAUCUGGAUCAGAAGGCCGUGCAAACGGCUUUGUGGUAAGUUUUUUAGCUCUUAAUAGCAUGACAGUGACCAAAAACCUACUUGAUUAGCUUCAAAAUGUGUUUUUCGGCAAGAUUUCCAAGGCUGAAUUGGUUAAGUAAAGUACAGUACAAAGUUUUUUGAGAAAAAUCCAAUUUUCAGCAUAAAACAACCAAAUCUGGCCAUUGGAUGUUAAAUUAGGUGAAAAAAAAUCAGCAAAAGGCAAUUUUUAGGUUUUUUGAGUAAGGAAAUCAUUGUCUGUGCACUUUAUUACCUUAUUACAUAUACAUGAAUUCUUUGCAACACAGUCAUUUACAUGUACUUAUUUUAGGAUUUAGAGGUCAUCUGCAGUACAUGUAUUUGAUGGCUUUGUGUUGGUGUCGCAUUCAGAAGUGCUCUUACAUGAAUAUUUUAAGACUCUACCAAUGUGGCAUUUCCAAGUUUGUUAUUUCCUUGACAAUGUGGUUUUUAACAUUUUUCAAAUUCAGGUAUGAUAACUUGAUUCAAAAACAUCAGCACCAGUAAAAUAAUGACCUUGCAGUGUAUGUCAACAGUAUCAACAGACAGUUGUGAGGAGUUGUUUAUGUUUAAUAUACUACUAAGUCUUCGUCUUAUGUUCUACUUGGUGUUGAAUGAAUACAUGUAUUUAUCAUUAUCCUUCUCCAUUUGCUCUGAAAAGUGGUAACCAUUAAGGUUUGUAAAGAAAAGUAUAAUGCAAGCCAUCUGGUAGGGUGUGAUAUAAAAUCAGAAAUUGUGCGAUAUUUUCAGGGUAGAUUGUGCGAUAAGAUAGGACAAUUAUGCGAUAAAUUAUGCAAUUUUUUCAGGGCUAAUUUACAUUGUUUUACCAGGUUUCAAAGGAGAAAAACCACUUAAAUGUUGUUUAACAGGCAAUUUGAAUGUAAAGGAAUAAUAAAACAUUUAUUUUAAAACAAAAUAGUUUAAUUUGUCCGAUUAUUUUGACCUGGAAAAGAAAAAGGACACUUGCUUAAUAUUACAUGGCACCUUUGCACCGCUGACCACCCUACUUGUCUCUGAAAUCAAAAUGGCUGCCCAGAUACCGCAAUCAAAGGUUUCAGAUGCCUUGCAAGGCUUUGUUUAGUGGUAAAUCACCUUGACUAACAUUAAGAUUGGGAAAAUGUUUAAUUAUAGUUAGAAUUCAUUGUUUACUUUCCUUGAAUUUAGCAUUUUUUUACGAAUUAUGUGAUUUUCCUCAAAUUGUGCGAUCGGAUGCGAUUUGAGGUCAAUUGUGCGAAAUCGCACCAUUGCAUAAUAUCAGAUGACCUGACAAUGUAAUGCCAUUUAAUCUCUCGCACACUUAUAACUCUGAUGAAUUGUUUCUAAUGAUAAUAGCAGUUCCACUGUACUUUCUUCUUGCUUCACUUAUUUUUUGCGACACUUAGUUUUUGGAUCAUGUUUCUUGUUAGGGUAAAAAUUUCAGGUACUAAGAUAUUUUGUUUCAUUUUCCUUACAGGGGAAUCAUCAUUAUCGAAAGACAAAACUACAGGACCAUGGAAACAAGCCCAAGCAGCAGCAACAGCAUCGGCAAGCACUGGUAAGUAACAGCCAAUAUUGUCAACCAAAAUACACCAAAGACUAAGGGUCGGUUAUUUAAAUGAAGUCUAACUUAGGCCGCGGUUUAAGAAAGCAUUGGACCUCUGGGUGUCUUUGUUAGUGGGGUAAUUUAAGAAACUAAGUGCUUUUCCAGUCUGCACUAUAUGCUGUAUUGAAAUAGUUCACGAUAAAUGUAACCCUAUGGGGCUGUGCUCUAGCAGAGCCCGGUGGCCCCUGGCACCUAACUUUUGCCCUCAGGCAACUAGCAAAUCUCAGUUUUUUCAUACAAAUCAUAUGCUGGGCACCCUAGAUUUUACAGGUUCAUAGCACCAGGCGCCCUUCAAUUCUCCUUAGAGCACAGCCUUGCCCUAUUUGAGAAAGCCGGGCUUAAUGGAAAUAGCAUCGAGCCAAACGCAUUCUGAAACAUUGGAAUGAAUUUCAACGCAUUCCUAAUGCAUUUUGAAGGGUUAGUAAUGUUAUCCAAUGGAACCUUAAAAUGUUGAAAACCAUUUGAAAAUCAUUCGGAAGCAUUCAGGAAACAUUUUCAGAUGUUUGCAAAAUGUUUCAGUUUAACAUCAUUUCUUUGCAUAUUUGUCUGUCACGUUUUCGGGCGAGAGGUCACAUUUUGAAAUAUUAAACUUAAAGCAAACUUUGCUUCUUCUUAAUCGUGGAAUGGUGGUAAACGUAGGUACAUUGAUGAACUACUUCUUGAAUCCAGAAGUUACCGUAGAAAAGGCCAUAGUCCAUUGAAAUUCAGGGACAUUUGCACAGAAAUAUUUUGGAGAUAUGUCAGAGGACGUAUCUCAGAGUAAUAAACAAUAAAAAAUGUUACCAUGUAACCAAAUGAAAACGCAAUGAAAUACAUCAUUUCUCAAGAAGCACAUCUUCACUUCUCAUAAUAAGACUAGAAACCACAAUAUUUGUAUAACAGAUUUUUCUGCUCCAAAUCAACUUCUGCAAAACAUCAGCAUCGUUACUUUAAUCAAUAUACAUGUGCUAGAUAGGUAUGUGUCCCCCAGUAGAGUAUAGUUUUUGAAGGUCUCAAACCCUAGAUAGGGUAUUGUUAGCAUUUUGCUCCUGGAGUUAUCCUGGAGUGACAGAGUACAUAAAUUGUAUCUGCUAAAAUUCUGAGUACAUAAUAGCCUACAAACUGUCAGAAAAUCGUUUGAUGAUUAGAAUUUAAACAGGUGUGUGCAAGUGAGUUUUUGUUUUUCCCUUGAAUAUAUAUAUUUUUUUCGGUUUGGGCCUUAAAUGUGGUAUCAAUAUGAAUUUUUUUCUUUAAUUAGCAUCAGGGUUUAUUUACCUGAGUGGCUUUUUUGGGACAAGACUUGGGCGAAUUUUAGAUGAUGACUGGACUGUAUCUACAUCUACAUGUUACAGGAUUAAUAUUUUUUCUUUUGUUUAUUUGUAUUAAAUGUACAUAGCUGCACAACCAGCUGAAGAAGCUAAACCCGUAGGAGCAUACAGACCACCUGCUUACAGAGCUCCUGGGAGGAGGGGCCCAGCGACAAUGGGCAAGUCAAAAACACCAGAAAUUGAUAGCGAAAUUGCUUUUCCUUCUUUAUCAGCUUCCAUGGCAUCUGCUAAAGGGUGAGUUCUUCUUGAAAAAAUGGUGUCCUACAAGACAUGCUUAACAAAUACCUCUUAUUGGUGACAUACAAAAUACAUGUACAGUCUAACCUCUCCUUACGGACACCUCUAUAAUACAGACACCUCUGUAUUACGGACAGUUCAUUUGGUCCUAGAAAUGCCAAAAAUCAUACAUUCCCUACCUCUAUAAUAUGGACGCCUCUGUAAGCAGACACUUGGUUCUGUCCCUUUGGUGUCCGUAUUAAAGAGGUUUGACUGUAUUAGAUGUAUGGAGGACAGUGUGAACAAUAACGCAUCCUGGGUUGAAAGGAUUGAUAUAAUUGAACAGUAAAAAUAUUAGUAUUAGCAAGUAUAACAACUAAUGAUGCUCCUAUGCUUUGGUGACCUCAUGAAGCCAUUAUCAUGGAAUGAAUAAAAGAAAGAGAGUUUGAAAAGAGUAAAAGUUGUGUAAAUUUUCAUAACCUAGGCUAAGAUUGAAUCAGUUUGUACUCAUUCCUUGAUAAUGGCCUCAAGAGAUUGCCAAAACCUUGGGACAUUAAUAUUGUCUGUUUCUACUUGCUUACACUGUCUGUACCUCGAAAUCUAUUAAUGCAAAAAAUCAACAGCUCCCAAACAAAACAGAAGCAAGCAGUUUGUGCUUGCACUUUAAGUAAAGUGGCCCAUUUCUCAGAUUAUCACUGAGAUUCUUGAACAGAAUGUAUUGAAUAAUAUAAAAAUUUUAUUAUUAUUAAAUUCAGUUGUGUGAUUGACCUGCUAUUCCAAUUUCAGAAUUAGUAGAAUAAUAUUAUUAUUCUACUAAUUCUGAAAAUAGCGGCUCAAUCAAACACCUGAAAAUAAUAACUCAAUACACACUUCUUACAUAAAUGUUUUUAUUGAUUUUAUCAGUGAAAAGACCAGCAAUGGAGGAAAGAAUUUUGAAACUGUGAAACAUGGUUCACGAACUCUCACAAGCUUAGCUGAUCGGCGUCCAGAACUGGAUUUGGAAAAUAAAUUUGAUGCUCUAAGGAGAAGCUAAACUAACCUAAACCUUGGUACACGCUGAAUGCUCCAGCCCUAUGAAAUCCAGGAGAUACUUGGUGAUGUCUGGAGCUCUAAGAAUGAUGCUCUCAUUCAAUGAUUAUGUUAUUUUUAAAUUCUAUUUUCUUUUGACCUUCAAGGCAGUUUCUUUUAAUAUGUUUGGAGACAAACAUUUUUCAUUCCCGCAUUUAGAACAGAAGAACUGAACUGUUUAAAUAUGGCUGAAAAGGGAGUAAGAUCACAAUUUCCUUGCAAAUGUGGAUAGCCAAAAGGACUGUUUUGCAGUCUAAACUGCGUGUAAAAAUCAUAGUAAUUUGUGCAUUGGACAUUGUUAUAAUAUUAUUUGUAUCUAAGUGCUUUCUAUUCCAAGCUGUCAAGUCGCUUUUCAAGGUAACAAUAUAGGAACAAACAAUAAAUUGUUGGGCGAGGCUGAAUAUCAUAAUUAUAAAGAAUUAUGCAGAUCAAAUAAUAGUGUUAAACACUCUCUAACUGAUAAUCAUUGUUAUUUUUUCAUUAUUAUUUAUUCAAAUUAUUUCCAUGCUAAAAAUCCUUAUAUUAAUGUACAAUUGUUUUUAUAAAACAAUUGCCUGUUACUCAGUAGUUUUAACAUACUGCAGUGUACUUAAUGUGUAACUUCUUUUACAAUCAUUUCAUCUACACUUCAGAGUAUGUGUUUUAACUCUUUUUGGCAUUUUUAUGCUCUCCAGAUACCAAACUCAGCUACCUUUGUCUGAAGUGCACCUUCUUUCCAUGUAAUUUUGGACCAAAAACAUGUUGUCAGUAGGCCAUUUCUGAGUUCCAAAAAUCCUUACUUUCAAAACGAGGCUAAGUGCAAAAACUUCCUUCUGAUAAUGAGUUUUAUCAUUCGUUGCAAAUUUUUCUUCCUUUUCAUUGGCCGAGAGCUCACCUCGUGACCUGCAAAUAAGUGCCUACAAAUAAUGGUCUGCUCAUGCGCACUGUCAUCCAACUUUGUUUGGCUGCAAAUAAUAGUCUUCUUAUGUGUAAAUGAAACCACGCUUUUCUCCUUGUUGCCAUUGCUCUCGAGUGAAAAUGGCAGAUUGCUUCACUUCCCGAAGAUAUUCCUUAAAAAAACAAACUCAGUGAUGAAUGAUAAAGCAAUAAUUAUUGAAGUUGGGUAUCGCAAAAUAUCGUGUUUUAUCAGUGUCUCACAGAUCAAUUAUUUACCUCAGCCCUCGGCUUCGGCAAAUAAUUGAUCUGCCCGCCACUGACAAAUCAGGAUAUUUUGCUCAACCUCGUUUAAUAAUAGUUCAUUAUUUGCAUGAGAAUUAAUAAAAGAACAUGUCCACGUCAACGGCUUCGCCCUUAGCCUUGAUGUGAAACAGAGGCGUGGAGCAACUCGGAAGUGGCCUAUUAUCUAAUAACAUUGGAUACUUGACAUACUGUAAGGCAAAUCUCCCAAUUUUUAGCUCGUGAAUACAGCCUUCUCUCCUUGCUUCUCGCCGCUAGAGACAUCCCUAUUUAUAGUAACGAGUGGUAAUGAGUGGAGAUGAAUGUAUUCACAGGCUACCCAAUUUUAGCCUGUACUGCAUGUACGUAGCUUGUGAUGAAAACUUUUGUGGGGGAUCUAAACCAAUCGAAAACAGAGAAAUACUUUGAAUAAAUAAUCCUUGUUAUUAGCUUAGAAAUGUAGUUAUCAUUAUUGAUAUAAUUAUUGGAUGAGGUUGAGAAGAUAGUUGAUAGUAAUUGGAUUCAGCUUUCAUAUGAUCUGAAGAAUUCUGUCGAUCAAGGGCCUGAAACAGAAUCCAAUUUUUGUUUUAUUUUUUCAUUGCAACGAAUUCUUACUUAAAAACAUGCUUACCUAGAUCGACGUCAUUUAUCUUUUCCCCGGACAAUUCAGGAUAUAAAGGGAGCUUCAGUCUAGCAUAUAUUCUCAAAAUAGCAGAUGUCAUAAGUUUACACUGUAGUUGUAUUGCUGGUUUUGCUAUGUUUAUAGGCAGAAAUUCGGGUGUAUCUUCCUCUCCAAAGUGGAUAUUUCGGCCAUUUUCUGCGGCUCUAAGAAAACAACUGAACUAAUGCAAAUUUGUCUAUUUUGAAGGAAUAAUAAUGAAAGAUAACAAGGCAUAGGUCUAUGUUGUUUUGAUCAGGUGGAUAACACAAACUAAUGCUUUGCAAUCCCCAGUAUCGUGUAACUGAAUACACCAUUUGUAUGCUCAUUCCUAAACAUUAUUUUUGUACAUCACAAAGUGUGCCCAAAAAUUAAAAAUCAAUAACACAUCAACUUCUAUACGACUUUGUUUUAAGCUUACAGCUAACAAAUACUAAACGUUUCCACACAAAUUUCAAGCUUUUAUUUUUGAAAACUUAAAGCAGGUUUUUAAUUCUCUCUUUGCAUGGAACCAUGAUGAAAAUUGCUCGCGGCGGCUAGUUAUGCGGUAGCUUUAAAACACUAUUGCCAAGAAAAUAGUGUCAUUUUUCACUGCGCUUAAAGUAUUCUGUAGAUUAAAGCAACGCAUCAAAAGAGUAUCAGCUGAAAUAAGGCAAAUAAGCAGUGUGCCUGACUAGCCUAUGAAAAUCUAGUGACAGGAGUGCAUAAUAAAAAGUG